GUUAUUAAUUUAUUAUGAAUUGUCUGUUGAUUUCCUCGUGUUUCAGUGCUCGAUGUCCUGACAGAUGAUGGAGAAGAUUUUCAUUCUAAUUUUCCUGUUUGAGAUUCCGGCUUCACUUUCUGAUUCUUUUAUAGUUAAUGGUCCACGUCAGCCUGUCCUCACAGCUCUGGGGAACGAUGUCACUCUGGGAUGUUGGUUAACACCAGGAGUGGCGGCAUAUCAUAUGGACGUGGAAUGGAGUAAAUCUGAUUCUGGGGAUGUGGUGCAUUUAUACACACGUGGAGUGGUUCGACCUGAUCAGCAACAUGAAGCCUACAGAGGAAGAACCGAGCUCAUUAGAGACGGGAUGACUCGAGGAAACGUGUCUCUCAGACUGAAGAACGUGAGGUGCUCAGACCAAGGAGAAUACACAUGUUCUGUGAGAUCCACAACAGAUUUAGGUGAAACAACAGUGGUUGUGAAAGUUGAAGACCGCAGACGGCUGCCCUUGAUUUCCAUGGCAGGUUACCAGGACUCGAGGCUUAAACUCACCUGUAAAUCAAAAGGCUGGUAUCCCGAACCUCGUGUAGUUUGGUUUGAUAGGAGUGGAGCAGAGGUGAAAGCCAAGACUGAAACAUGCACUCAGGGGUCUGAAGACUGUUGGAAAUGUGAAAGUAGCAUUGAUAUAACCAGCGAUUCUACAGACAGAUUCACGUGUCUGACAAGAAACUUUCUGGAGGAAAACGAGGCAAAGAUCCAGGUAUCAGAGGUGUUUUUGCACCGAGGCCCAGACUGGCUGGUGGUUUUCCUUGUGGCGUUCACUCUUGUGCUUGGAGCAGCUGGUGUGUUGAUGUUCUUCUGCAGAAAACGAUUGAAAAAAGUUAAAGGUAAUAAAUGAUUUUGAGAUUCCCCCAAAAUAUAAUCUUUACUUUCGUCUUUUAUAUAAUCCAUAACAUAGUGAGGAGAGCACUGGCAACGUCUGAGCGGCAGGUGACAAAGACGAGAAUGAGGGUUUCCGAGGUGUUGGGUGUGAGGUAGGGGCAGCGGCCGUUGAUGUGAUGGGUGUGAAUGAAGGCAGUUUUGAUGAGGCAAUGCAUGUGAGGGAGAAAGGAAAGCUGGGGAUCAAACCACAUGCCAUGGUUGUCACUGAGAGAAUUAGAGAGAGAGGCCGGGGAGGCUGAGGAGGUCAGAGCCAGAA